AUGUCGUUAUGGCCUAGUAGUCAAUUAAUCUAUUAUAAUGACUUUUGGUCUUGUCUAUUCUUCUCAAUUAUUAUUUUAUCGAUUGUUAUAUAUUGGAAAGCAUUCCAUUUCUAUGUGAUUCAUCGUAUCACGCAUCUAUGGUGGUCUGUUCAAAAUAGUUUCCGCGAAGGUGAUAUUGGCGCAUUUCUUUAUCGUUAUUUUCAUAGUCUUCAUCAUCAAAGUCGUAAUCCUGGUCCAUGGUCUGGUUUAUCAAUGCAUCCAGUUGAGCAUUUUCUUUAUUAUACACGUGCUUAUUUUUCUCUUCUUUUUUCAUGUCAUCCACUUCAUUUUCUUUAUGUUAAAUUUAAUGUAGACAUUUCACCAAUUAGUGGUCAUGAUGGUUAUGAUGAUCCAGUCGGUGGUUCAGCUUUUCAUUAUUUACAUCAUGUCUCUUUCAAUUGUAAUUAUGGAGGAUCUCUAAUUAAUUUUGAUUAUCUAUUUGGUACAUACAAAGAAUUCGUUAAGAAAUCCAUCAAUAAAUAA